UCUGGAUUUCCACCUCCAUGGGGCUGCAGGCCUGCCCAUGAGUACUCAAGGACAGUCAUGGCUGAGGGCAGUGAGCUGAUGAAUAGGCUAAUGAGUGAGAAUGCAGACCUGAAGAAACAGGUGCGCCUCCUGAAGGAGAACCAGAUGCUGAAGCGACUGCUCAGUGAGAGCUGCCAGGAUGGUGGCCGUGGGGUCCGUGACCUCCUCUUCCCCAAGGCACCCCCAUACCCUGAGGCCUGUUCUCCAGGGAGUGGAGGUCCAGAUUUCGGGAGGUUUGCCAGCGUUUCCGAAGCAGCCUCCCAGCUGCCAACAUCAUCCCUGGAGGACCUGCUUUGUUCACAUGCCCCCCUCUCCAGUGAGGAUGAGGCUUCCCCAGGCUGUGUGACCUCCUCCCAGGUGCCCUUCAAGUCCUUCCUCAGCCCCCCUGAGCUGCGCACUCGAAAUGACAGGAAGCUGUCCCCGCUCCUGAGCCCUUUGCAAGACCCACUGGCAGACAAAGCACUGCUUGAGCCCAGGGAGAUGCUUCGGCCUAAGAAGGUGUGCUUCUCAGAGGGCAGCCCACCGGCUGGGGACAGGACCAGGAGAAGUUACUAUCUCAACGAGAUCCAGAGCUUCACAAGUGCAGAGAAGGAUGGCCGAAUUGUCGGGGAAAUUGCUUUCCAGCUGGACCGGCGCAUCCUGGCCUACGUGUUCCCAGGUGUGACGCGGCUCUAUGGCUUCACUGUAUCCAACAUUCCCGAGAAGAUCAAGCAGACCUCCAUCAAGUCUCUGGAUGGCUCAGUGGAUGAGAAAAAGCUGCGUGAACUGACCCACCGCUACCUCACACUGACGGCACGGCUGGAGAAGUUGGGCUACAGCCGUGAGGUGCACCCAGUGUUCAGCGAGUUCCUCAUCAACACAUAUGGCAUCCUCAAACAGCGGCCUGACUUGCGAGCCAACCCGCUACACAGCAGCCCAGCCGCACUGCGCAAGCUGGUCAUAGACAUUGUGCCACCCAAAUUCCUGGGCGACUCCCUGCUGCUGCUGAACUGUCUGUGUGAGCUCGCCAAGGAAGACAGCAAGCCACUCUUCGCCUGGUGAGCUGAGGCCUCGCCCCUCCUGCAAUAAACAUGUUUGUUACAAACUGGGGGCCACUGUGCCUCCUGCGCUCGUCCCUCCUGGGGAGGCUGAGCUGCCAUGGAAUGGCA